AUGCCAAAAAGUAGCUCUUCAAAUGGCGGCUCAGUCUGGUCACGUCUGGCCACACCAGGCGCCAAGUGGGAAGAUAAGGAUGAAUUCCUCGACGUCAUCUACUGGGGUCGACAGGUGCUCUCAGUGCUGAUGGGCAUCAUCUGGGGCUACCUAGGGCUGACCGGCGCAUUCGGCAUCCUCAGCUUUGUGGCCGCCAACUCUGCCGCUGUUUACAUUUAUUCAUUAAACUUCAACGAGGAGCAGGAGGACGCAAUAACGGGCGUCAAGGAGGGCUUCAUGACUGCAUUCGCCUCCUUUCUCGUCACCUGGAUCAUCAUCUACACGACACUGUACUUCUAA